GUGAUUACAGGCUCUCAUGACUUCACAAUCCGGCUGUGGGAUCUGGCGGCUGGCAAGACCACUUGUAAAUUGACCCACCACAAGAAGAGUGUGCGAGCCCUGGCUGCCCAUCCUGAGCUGUAUAUGUUUGCCUCAGGUGCCCCAGACAACAUCAAGCAGUGGAAGUGCCCCAAUGGAGAGUUUGUGCAGAAUUUGUCUGGUCACAAUGCAAUUGUAAACUGCCUUGCCAUGAAUCGUGAAGGUGUUUUAGUCUCGGGAGCAGACAAUGGUACCUUAUACUUCUGGGACUGGAGAACAGGUUACAACUUCCAAAAACUUCAAGCACCUGUCCAGCCAGGUUCUAUGGACAGUGAGGCUGGGGUGUUUGCCAUGACAUUCGACCAGAGCGGUUCUCGCCUUAUCACUUGUGAUGCAGACAAGACCAUCAAGAUUUAUAAAGAAGAUGACACUGCGAGCGAGGAAAGUCACCCCAUUAACUGGAGACCGGAAAUCUUAAAGAGAAGAAAGUAUUAAAGCUGUAAUAGUUCGUAUUAUUGGAUAUUGCAUAUUGUAUUGGAUGAAUUGAUAUUAUAUAAUGUCCUUUUACGUGUAAUUGUAUUUCUGUCGAGUGUGUGGAGGUAAUUCCCUGUAGAAAGUUUUUUUCUCUUUCUUUCUUUUAAUUUUUUUGUUUUAUUAGCAGUCCUAAUACCAGUUAGGAAAUCUUGAUAGUAAUGUGUAUUUUGUAUAAUUGUCAUUAUUAUCUUACUAUUUUUUUCUAUUGUUUUCAAUACCCUCAAUUUUUAUGCAGAAUGAGAAUCUACAGUACAAUUUUGGAAAGGAUUUUGUCCCCAUAUUGAAUAUUUAUAUUUAUAUUUGUAAAUCCUGAUUUUUGUCUAGAAUGACAAACAACUCUUUUCUAAAACUGUCUUAAUAGUAUGAGAUUUUAGAAAUGUAAAAAAGAUAGUUUUCACUUCCUAGUUAGAAAAACUUUUAGCUACAUGCAGGAAAGUCUUUGUAUGUUUAACUUUGAUUAUUUGAUAUUAAAAAAAAGAGAGUA